AUGGCGGCCAACUUCAUCGAACUCGUCCGCCUGCGCUCCACCAGCUCCCCAUCCACGUUCAUCUCGUGCUCCAACCCCGAAAAGAUGGGCAACCCAGCCGACAUCGCGUACGGGGGCUGCGUCCAAGCGCUCUCGGUCAUGGCUGGCUUCCACUCGAUCCACUCGCACCCGAACCUGCUCAACUUCCAGAUUCACUCCCUACUCGGCACCUACCUCGGCCCCACGUUGGCGGAUCGAAAGGUCAAACUCACCGUCAGCGACAUCCGCACCACCCGAUCCUUCGCAACCCGUUUCGUGCUCGCUAGUCAGAUCUUCGACGACGGUAGCGAGAGAAACACCUUCUGCGCCACCAUCGACUUCACAGCUCCCAACAAGAUCGAUCUCACAAAAGCUGGAGAACCUUUCGACAGGUACGGUAGGAAGCCUAGGAUGCAGUAUGCUCCACCUGAGCAGCUACCGAGUAUGAGGGAUAUCGUGUUGAGGAAGGUCCAGGAGGGUAAAGUGGAUCGGGCGGCGGCGGAUUACCUGGAGCAGACCGUGUUCGCCCUGAACGUCAAGACCAUCACCAACGUGCAUCCUCCGCAAGGAUUGCACGCUCAGAACGCUAUGGGCUUGGAUCCACUCGCAGAGUCCGAACAACAUUCUUCCGCUUUGACAGACAGAUUCUCCGUCGACUGGGCGAAAUCUUUGCAGGACUUGUCAUCACCUCCAUCGCCACCACCUGUCGAAUCGCUGCAGAAAUGCGACGAGUUCAAGGAUGCGGGAGCACCACUCUCCGUUACAUCGGCAGCAGCAAACGCCGCGCUCGUAGCAUUUCUCAUGGAUGGAGCAUUGUCCUUCAUCCCCUUGACGUUUUCGAGGAUGUCGCUGGUGGAUGCGAGUGCUGCCUCGUCGUUGGACUGCGCUCUGAGGUACUUUGCCGUACCGGACAUGGACGACUUCCACCUGAGGGAGAUGCAGACCAUCCAGGGUAAUGAGUGCAGGACGUACUCCGAGGCCUUCUUGUGGGACAGGAACCAGAACAUGGUGGCCAGCAUGACACAGGCUUGCGUGUUGCGACCGCACGCUCAUAAGUUGUGA